UACAUACGGUAAAUAAAGAAAAAUACAUUUUGAUACUUCAGAUUAAAUAUUUUUUAAAUAUCUAAUUUGUUUUGAUUGCCUUCUUACUCCUAAUAUUUUUAAUAGUGCUAAUAUAUUGUUUACAUUCUUGAUAGAAAUUUACAAAAUGUGGUUUGGAGUCAGCCCAUUUCAUUUUAUGGAUAUGCAAUGUCCCUAAAAAUACAAUUAACUGCACAAAAACGACAAAAUCUGCAUCCAUACUAUCUUCCCUGGAGUACAUAAGAAUGUCUUUGACCUGGAGUUGAACCUUUUGUCCCGUCUUUUUCCUAAUAAAACAUUCUACAUCAUACCACAAUAUUAUACUAUACAAUAAUUCAUAAAAUAAAUGGCCAAUAGUCUCUUCUUGUAGAUUAGAACAUGUCCAGUAAUAUUCAAUAUCAAGUCCAAAUCGUUGCUUGAAUCUUGAAACAACGUCACCGGAAGUCAGCUGUCACCUUAAAGGGUGGUCAUUUAAAGAUGGCGGAGUGCAUGGCCGCACGUUUGGCCGUUCAGGAGGAGCAGAUACGGCUCCUCUCGGGAGAAAUAUCCUCUCUUCGGGACGGACUGAGUCAGGGUCUGGAUGCCGGUGCUGGUGCGGAGGUUUCCCCGGAGCUGGAGAGCCUGAGGACGGAGAAUGAGAAGCUCCGGUACCGGCUGCUGCACCUCCGGAGGGCUCUGAAGGAGGAGCUGCAGCUGGGGGGGCAGAAACAAGAGAAGGGGGGAAAAGCUCCGGAGAAACACACCAACAAGGAGCAAAACAACAAGGAGAAGCAGAACAACAACCGGGCUGAGAAAAAGGUGGCAACGGCGGAUACCAAAUCAUGUGACGGGAACAACAAGAAGGAGAAGAAGCCGGACAAGGGUCAAGCAAAGGGAGGUGUUGUUAGAGAGCAGAAUUCGUUGCCAGGAUUCGUUGCAGAGCGCCUCGGUCUGUACGAGCAGCUGAAGAGAGAGAGUGAUGCUCUGCUGGAGGAGAGAGCGAAGAACAGUAAACCAAUCAGUGUGGAGCUGCCUGACGGAGGAAAGGUGGAGGGAAGAGCCUGGGUCACCACCCCGUACCAGCUGGCCUGUAACAUCAGCCAGGGCCUGGCCGACAACGCUGUGAUUUCUCGUGUGAACGGAGAGCUUUGGGACCUGGACCGCCCGCUGGAGCACGACUGCUCUCUGGAGAUCCUGCGCUUCGACAACGAGGACGCUCAGGCUGUGUAUUGGCACUCCAGUGCUCACAUCCUGGGGGAGGCGAUGGAGAACUUCUAUGGAGGCUGUUUGUGUUACGGACCCCCCAUUGAGAACGGUUUCUACUACGACAUGUUCCUGGAUGGACAGAAGGGCGUCUCCAGCACUGAGUUUGGGGACCUGGAGAGUUUGUGUAAGGCCGUGGUGAAAGAGAAACAGCCGUUUGAGAGGCUGGAAAUCAGCAAGGAGACGCUGCUGAAGAUGUUUAAGUACAACAAAUUCAAGUGCCGCAUCCUGAAUGAGAAGGUCACCACCCCCACAACUACAGUGUAUAGAUGUGGGCCCCUCAUUGACCUGUGCAGAGGUCCUCAUGUGAGACACACAGGCAAGAUUAAAGCCAUGAAGAUCUACAAGAACUCCUCCACCUACUGGGAGGGCCGCUCCGACAUGGAGACGCUCCAGAGGAUCUACGGGAUUUCCUUCCCAGACUCAAAGAUGCUGAAGGAGUGGGAACGCUUUCAGGAGGAGGCCAAGAACAGAGACCACCGCAAGAUCGGAAAAGACCAGGAGCUCUUCUUCUUCCACGACCUCAGCCCUGGAAGCUGCUUCUUCCUGCCCAGAGGAGCGUUCAUCUACAACACGCUGACCGAGUUCAUCCGGGAAGAGUACUGGAGAAGAGGCUUCCAGGAAGUAGCCUCCCCCAACAUCUUCAACAGUAAACUGUGGGAGACGUCUGGCCACUGGCAGCACUACAGCGACAACAUGUUCUCCUUCCCCGUGGAGGACGAGAUCUUCGCACUGAAACCCAUGAACUGCCCCGGGCACUGUCUGAUGUUCAGCCACAGGCCCCGCUCCUGGAGGGAACUUCCUCUGAGGUUUGCAGAUUUCGGGGUCCUCCACAGGAACGAGCUGUCGGGAACACUGACCGGUUUAACCCGAGUGAGGCGCUUCCAGCAGGACGACGCUCACAUCUUCUGCACCAUGGAGCAGAUCGAGUCGGAGAUGAAGGGCUGUCUGGAUUUCCUCCGCUGCGUCUACAACGUGUUCGGAUUCUCCUUCCAGCUGCACCUGUCCACGCGCCCAGAGAAAUAUCUGGGAGACAUCGCCGUGUGGAACCAGGCGGAGAAGCAACUGGAGAACAGCCUGAAUGACUUUGGGGAGCCAUGGAAACUGAACCCUGGAGACGGAGCUUUUUAUGGACCUAAGAUUGACAUUAAGAUCAAAGAUGCGAUUGGACGUUACCAUCAGUGUGCGACCAUUCAACUGGACUUCCAGCUGCCAAUCCGCCUCAACCUGACCUUUGUGGGGACGGACGGAGACGAUAAAGCCCGACCGGUCAUCAUCCAUCGGGCCAUCUUAGGCUCGGUGGAGCGGAUGAUCGCCAUCCUCACGGAGAACUACGCAGGGAAAUGGCCUCUGUGGCUCUCUCCCCGUCAGGUGAUGGUCGUGCCCGUCAACACGUCCUUUGAGGAUUACGCGAAGAAAGUGUGUAAGCAGUUUACAGAAGCUGGCUUCAUGGCGGAUGCUGACCUCGACUCCAGCUGUCUGCUGAACAAGAAGAUCCGCAACGCUCAGCUGGCCCAGUAUAACUUCAUUCUAGUGGUCGGGGAGAAGGAGAAGAUGACUAACGGCGUCAACGUGCGCACACGAGACAGCAAAGUCCACGGAGAGCUGUCGGUGUCUGAGGUGCUGGCCCGCCUGACCCUGCUCAAACAGAGCCGCUGUGCAAACGCCGAGGAGGAGUUCUGAUCCACACACACUCAUACACACACUCAUACACACUGUCAUAACUCCACUAUAGUUAUUAGUGGAGAGGGGCAUGGGAUGGCACAUGUGAAAAUGGUGCAGAGAAAGUGUAAUAAGACAGGAAAUAAUUUUCUGUGAGCAAAUGUGAUGAAAAGGGAUUCGAAACUACAUUAAAUUGCCCAUUAAUCAUGUGUGAAGGGUAGAAAAGGACACGUUUGUGUACGAUGUGUUGGUAUUCUACUAUGUGGAAGUCUAUUCCUGAAGGGAAGUUGCUCGAUAAUUUAACAAAACAAUGUGAAGAUUGCUAUAAUGAAGAAUCUGUGAAUUUGGCAUUGAUUUUCCACAAAGGUCUGUCUCUGCAGGGAAAUAAAAUAAAAUGACUGAAUGUU